AUUAACUUUAAUAAGGUAUUUAAAAUUGACCAAGGGCCAUAGAAGAAGCUAUCUUACUGGUUCAGGAUAUUAAGUUCCAGCCUGAACACUGCAGGCCGGGUCUCACCAAAUGACACCCAUUAUUGCUACUUCUAAAAUCUCUCUCUCUCUCUCUGUGGCACUGUUUACUGAAAAAUGUAGAGGACAAUAGUGUGUAGUUAGAGAAGAAAGAAAGAAAGAUGGAAUACUCAAAGGCGGGCGAGAGUACUGAUGUGAAAAGGGAAGAACUGGGAAACCAAAUAAUAGAGAGGCAAAGAAGAGAGAUGGAGACGAUGAAGGGGUCUGCUUACUCAGAGAUAAGGAGUGGCAUAGAAGAGCUGUCUAAGCUGCAGGUCAAAGCCACACCAUGUGGUGAUGAUCAUCACAAGGCUGCCCAUUUCCCCACCAUGCCUUUCCUUCAUCUCUCGAACCUCCUCAUCCAAGUUCUUGAUAAGAUAGGCCCAACCAUGGCGGUUCUGAGACAAGACAUACAACAAAAUAUUCAGAGGUUGGAGAUAAUAUAUGAAGGCGACCCUUCAAAAUAUUCAAAUGUGGUUGAGAUAUUAGAGAAAGAGAUGUGUGAAGGCAAUUCAAGAAAGCGCACUAGCAGUAGUAAAGCCUUUGUCUGGCUAACAAGAUCUAUGGAUUUUUCCAUAGCAUUACUACAAAAACUAGUGAAAGAUCCUCAAAAGAACAUGGUGCAAGCAGUGGAAGAGUCAUACAGCACCACUUUGAAACCAUGGCAUGGAUGGAUUUCUUCAGCAGCAUACAAGGUUGCUCUCAAAUUACUUCCUGACAACAAAACCUUCAUUAAUCUUCUUAUGGCCAAAGGUGAAAACCAAGAAACCCUUAAGGAGGAAAUGCAAAACUUCAUUUCAUUACUUCUACCUGUCCUAGAAGAAAGCCACUAUAUCAUGAGAUCAUAUAACUUGGAUAAAGUAAAGUCUACUUAAGGAGGGAAGACGCAUGGAACAUAAGAAAUGUAUAGAGUUUUUUAUUCCCUUUUACUUUUCAUGUACAUGUAAUCUGUAACUAAUUUUUCUAAUUAAGUUACUGUAAGUAAAAUGUUCUACAAAACAAUUAGAUUUGUGUCUUAAACUACAUUUGUCUCUGUAUAGUAAAAGAUCAACAAAUUUUUAUUGUGGUAA